AUGAAUUCUCCAUUUGCUAGAGCUUCACCCUCUUCUUCGUUGCCUCAAUCUCGCUUUCAAUUUCCUCCAUCUAAUUUUAAUUUCACUUCUCUUUUCUUCAUCCCCUCAAAACCAUCCCAUUUUGUCAUCUCUGCAGCAACAAACCAAUCAUCACCAUCACCACCACCAGCUCAUGCUCAAUCGAUAAACAGAAGCUUAAUCCCAGUUCAAGAAGCCAAAAACAGAAGCAAAAAGAUUCAAGAUUUGGCAGAAAGAUUCAAAGAUGGAAACUUUGAAACCAUAACCCAGUUCAAUCAUCUGUUUAUGGGUUUGGUUUUGGAAAAUGAAGUGGAUCUUGCUUAUAAAUUCUACUCAACUUUAUCAAGUUAUGACUUUUCUGCAGAUAGUUUCACUUUCUCCAUUCUUGUCCACUGUUACUGCAAGAGAAAUGAGCCAAUGGAAGCUAAAAGGGUUUUGGAACAUAUGAUUCAAAAUGGUUUUGAAUCCCCAAAAGUCAAAACCUUUACUCAACUUAUCAAUUCCUUUUGCAAAAGGGGUAAAUUAAAGCAGGCAUUUGAAGUGUUUGAGAUAAUGGGUAAGGUUAAAUGUGAUCCCACAAUCAAUACUUAUAAUUGUUUGUUAAAAGGGUUGUGUUAUGUGGGUAAGGUUGAAGAAGCUUAUGAACUGUUAACCAAAAUCAAGAAAUCUUGGAAUUUGCAGCCUGAUGUUUAUAGUUUUACUGCUGUGAUGGAUGGAUUUUGCAAAGUGGGUAGGUCAAAUGAGGCCUUAGAAUUGCUUAAUGAAGCAAUUGAGAUGGGAUUAAAACCAAGUAUCGUGACUUACAACACCAUUUUUAAUGGCUAUUUUAAGGAAGGUAGACCAAAAGAUGGUUUUGGUUUAUUGAAGCAAAUGAAAGAAAGGAAUUGCAAUCCAGAUUAUAUUAGUUACAGCACAUUGUUACAUGGGUUGUUACAAUGGGGAGAAAUUGGGGAUGGGUUAAGGGUUUAUAAUCAGAUGUUAGAUAUGGGAUUUGAUAUUGAUGGGAGAAUGAUGAACACAUUGUUAAGAGGGAUAUGCAGGAGAUCCAGGAAGGAAAAAGAGCUACUGAAAGACGCCUACCAACUGUUCGAUGAAAUGUCUAAAAGAGGUGUUGAUAUUGACCCUUGUGCUCAUGAGCUAAUGAUUGAAGCGUUUUGCAACGGGAAUGAAAUGGACAAGGCUUUCAUGAAUUUGUGUGAGAUGAUAAAGAUGAAUUUGUCUCCAAAAACGUUCACAUUGAACAGUGUUGUUAGAGGGCUUUGUGUCGAGGGAAAGAUUGAGAAAGCGCUGUUAGUUUUGGUUUUGGUGUGCAGGGGAAGACGUGGAAUGCUCGAUGGUGUCACAUUUGACGUUUUGAUUGAUGAGAUGAAUCGACAAGGCAUGUUUAAACUUGCUACUUGCGUGUACUGUGUCGCACUGAAAAACAGAGUGAACCUGCUACGGAAACCAGUGUAGAACAUAGACUGUUAUUACGAAAUUGAAAAUUUUAUUUUAUUGAAUCAAUUGAGAGU